AUGUCAUCGUCACUAAGACAUAAAAAAUCGAUGAACAACAAACGAAAGAUAAUGAAAACAACAGAUUCAACGAUAUUUCGAAAUGCCGAAAUAGAAGCGAAUAUCGAGUCGUUGUUGCAAUUAUUGAAACGUCACAUAUUAGAAAUGAAGAGUGAAACAUUAUUAGUAUCAGGUUUUCCAUCAUCUGGAAAAACAAAAGUACUUGAGCAUAUAUUUACAAAUUUAAAAACAGAUCCCAUAGUUAAUGAUCGAAUGACUAUUAUUCGACUUAAUGGUCUAUUGCACGCAGUUGAAACACCAGCUUUACAAGAAAUUGCCUCACAAUUAGACAUGUAUUUAUCGGAUUGUAAUAUAGAUCCCGAUUUAUCAACAGUUCCUAUUGAUAAUUUACAAUUAUUAUUGGAAAUGUACAUUUCAAAAUUAAACAAAUCAAAUAGAUGUUUUAUUAUUGUUUUAAAUCAAUUUGAAUAUUUUGCCCAACAAAAAUUAAAUUCAAUACUCUAUGCAUUAUUCGAUACUGUUUAUGCCGAUAAAUCAACUUUAGCAUGCUAUUCAAUUAUAACAAUUGCUGUAUCUAAUCGCGCCGAUUGUCUCGAAUUACCGGAAAAACGUUUAAAAUCACGUUUUUCAAACAUUCAUAUCAUUAUAAAUGCACCAAACUCAAUAGAUUUUGCCAAGGAUUGUUUACAACGUUUCGGUAGUACUAGGGAUCACUCAAAUGAAUUGAUGGCUAUGGAUAAAGCUUUUUCAACCUAUAAUUCAUUAGCAAAUAUCGAACAAACUCUAAUAAAAAUGCUUCGUUGUUGUCAUGAUAAUAAUACAAUCGAUGAUAUAGGCGAAACAUUUAAUCGACCAAACACACAAAUUCAUGGAUGUUUAACACAUUUGGAAAUACUGUUAUUAUUGAUUGGGUUAAAUAUCGUCAAACAGAUUGAAUUGAAUUCUGGUAAAAGAAUACAUCAUACUGUAGAUAGCGAUGACGAAGAUGGAAAUGAUGGACAACAAAUAAAUGACACAAGAAUUACAUUUGAACAAGUUUAUAACGAAUAUUCAAAAUAUAUUUUAAAAAAUCAAAAAUACUUUUACGAUAAAGGUGUUGUUAGCAAAGCAUUUGAUCGAUUGAAAGAUCGAGGUUUGUUAGAAAAACAUCGUAAUCGAUAUAUGAACGAAAAAUUUAAUGACGAAGAAAUAUUAUCAUUUAGUUUGAAAUGCGAUGAACUACAAUCUGUUUUAGAUUCCACAACAAUUCCAACAGAAAUUCGACGCUAUGGAAAAAUGAAUAAUAUAUAA